AUGCCUCGGUCUUUCUUGGUGAAGAAAGUCAAAUUGGACGAUUUUUCGGCAGAGCUGGAGGGCUCAUAUGGUCACAGCAGAAGAGAAGCACUCCGUCUACGAUUCCAUCAUCAUGACAAAGGCUAUGUCAGCGAUUAUCUGAGUCCAUCACCUUAUGAUGAUGUGGUGGGGAGUGACUCAUCCGUCAUCUCUAAAGUACCGUCGCCCGACCAUCCGUCAAUCAUCUAUGGCCGCAUCGACAACACCUAUACAGGUGACAUCCACGGCGAUUCGGACCAGCCGGACAGCCCUCGGUCUGAGGUCUCGUCAGCAGCUGAGGGAUACAUCAACGGAGACGCAGCUGUGAGCGAUGAAUACUCAGUGGAUGCGUUUUUCAUCAUGGACGGACGAUCGCGGAGGAAAUCCGCGGAGAACCCCAAAGGGACCAUUCAGAGGCACACCUGCAGCGAGUGCGGGAAAACCUACGCCACGUCCUCCAACCUGAGCCGGCACAAGCAGACGCACAGGAGCAUAGACAGCAAGAUGGCCAAGAAGUGCCCCACGUGCGGGAAGGUCUACGUUUCCAUGCCUGCCAUGGCCAUGCACCUGCUGACCCACGACCUCAAGCACAAGUGCGACGUGUGCAGUAAAGCGUUCAGCCGGCCGUGGCUGCUGCAGGGCCACAUGCGCUCGCACACGGGCGAGAAACCGUUCGGUUGUGCGCACUGUGGCAAAGCGUUCGCCGACCGGUCAAACCUGCGCGCUCACAUGCAGACGCACUCGGCCUUCAAGCACUACAAGUGUAAACGGUGCGACAAGACGUUUGCGCUCAAGAGUUACCUGAACAAGCACUAUGAGUCGGCGUGCUUCAAGGGGGCGUUCUCCCCUUUGAGCUCACUGGGGGAAUGA